AGCAAUGUCUUCAAAAUUCCUCUCUGCUUCUAAGUCUGACUUUGUGAAAUAAUCUGAUAAUUAUCAUGACUUGUUAUUUCAUCCUGGUAGAUAAUUUGUAUUUCAUUCCAUCAGUUUUAUUUCACACUAUAAUGCUGCCUUAACUGUUACUUUAAAUGCUUAAAUCAGUUUGGUUCUUUGAUUAAAAUGUAAAAUAAAAAUGCAGCAGGUGUGUUUCUUUCUAGCAUACAAAAUAUCUUAAAUUGAUUGAGUUUGAAGCCCAAAUGGGUUUUACUUAGCUGCAAAGUAAAUUAUGUUACACAAAGUACACACUCAUAUUUGGUGGGAGGACACCUUACUCUAUUUCCACCCUGCUUUCCGACACUGUGCCACGUGUCGUUGUUGGAUUCCUUCUUGGCUUUGGAUGAAGCAUUAUGAACUUCAUGACGUCAGUGCAUGCAAAACAUGGUACCAGCAGGGAGAAUGAGAGAGGGAUGUAGCUUACUGGCACAGAACUUUCUAACAACAGGUGGAGGGCACAGGUAAGCUCAUUUGUUGAGCUCAUGGAGUAGAUUCACUACCUACCCUCACACACUGGACUCAAAGAUGGACAUGACAGAUGAUAACCACAUGGAGGGGAUGGAGAUGAAGAUGGAGACAGAGAACAGGCAAAUUGUGGAUGAUGACUUUACUGUCAGACUAUCAGAUGAGACACACCAACAUCUGAAAUUCAGCGAAGUCCAUUCCAGCAGCUGCAAAAUGGUCAAAGUGAGAUCCAGACCCAAACUCAAGUCCACAAAAAGUUUCCCCCCUUACAGUCAGUGUAUAGGUGGACUCGGUGAGGACAAUAAGCUCAAUUCAGAAUCAGGCAACACGAUGAGGGAAAACAAGAAUGAUGUCUUUCAAGGCACAGAAAGGAAAGAGGACUUCGAAUUGAACGCAAGAUGUGCAAGGGAUAAGGUGAAGUCAAAAUGGAGGAUGAGGAGGAAGGAGAGGUUAGGUGGGAGCUAUGAAGUUGAUGCAGAUGGAUGGGAGAGGGCAAGGUGGAGAGGGAAAAGAAGGGUUGAAGAGACUGGAAGAGAGAGGAAGCCUGAGGAUGGGGAAAGGGAAGGGGCCUUAAACUGUGAGUGGAAACACUGGAGAGGUAAAAACUCCAGUUUUGAGAUAGAAAGAAAAGAAAAAGAGGAUGAGGAGAGAAGGAAAUCCCCCGUUUCAGCAACAGAAGGAGAGAGCGAGGGGAGCUGGAAGACCACAGAGGGGAACGGUGAAGAGGCAGAGGUCCCAACAACACAUCAGCGGUCAUCCCCACAUCCAAUCCUCUCCAAGCUUAUGCACUCCUCCAUCUCCUCCAUCUCCUCCUGCUCCUCCAUCAACCUCUCAUCAACAGAGAGUGAUGAGGUUUUCAGCGAAGGAGAGGAUGUUGACUCAAAGAGGAAGGCGUUCAGGAAGAGCCGCUCUUGGAAAACCUACCUGACCAUGAUGCACUGGUCGCUGCGGCGGCAGAGCUCCUGGGUCCAGCUCGCUGGACAUCAAGGUAACUUCCAGCUGAGUGAGGGAGGGGAGGUGUUGAAACUGUACAGUAAAGAGGAGGCAAAGUGCUUGGACAGCCUGAUGACAGACCUGCUGAGACCCUUUGUCCCGCAGUACCACGGCUUGGUCACCAAGGGGGAGCAUGUCUACAUCCGCCUGGAGGACCUACUGAGUGGCCUGAGGAGACCUGUCAUCAUGGACUGCAAGAUGGGAGUUAGGACAUACCAGGAGGAGGAACUGAUCACAGCCCGGACUAAGUCCACCCUGCGGAGUGACAUGUACCAAAAGAUGAUGAAAAUAGACCCAUCCGCUCUGUCGGCAGAGGAACACGAACAAAAAGGUGUGACCAAGUGUCGAUAUCUUCAGUGGAGAGAUACAACCAGUUCUACAUCCAUGCUGGGCUUCAGGAUAGAGGGCAUCAUGAUGGAGGACGGCAGUGUCCAACGGGACUUCAGGAAUAUUCUGACUUUAGCUCAGGUCACGGAGGCAUUGCUCUACUUCACCAGGAGUCAGCUGGACAUCCUGAAAGCGUACCACUCCAGACUCCUGGCCCUGAGUGAUGCGCUAAAGAAUUCACUAUUUUUCAGAACCCAUGAGGUGAUUGGCAGCUCGCUUCUUUUUGUGCACGACCACAGCAGCAGGGCCAACGUGUGGAUGAUAGACUUUGGGAAGACGACACCGGUGCCUGACCCGAGCGAGCUCCGGCAUAACAUCCCGUGGGCCGAGGGGAGCAGAGAAGAUGGCUACCUCAUCGGUCUGACCUCACUUAUCACUUCUCUUAGCCAGGCCAUCAGUGUGGCCUCCUGGAAGAAGGACAACUGUGGAGAAGGAAAUAGUGUUGCAUGAAAUAGUGUUGCACGAAGUACACUGAGGGUUGGGAUCAAGUCACCACUUAAACAACAUUUAAAUUCAGGAUUAGGUGGACAAAACGACUGUUGUUACACUUGGACCCUGUUGUGUUGAUUCAUUCCCUGGAAGAGACAACAAAGGACGAUUUGUUGAUGGGGAAUCUGUCUUCAUAGGCUGAGGAAGAGAAACAAAGGAGUACAAUUCAGUAAAAUUCAUAGAAAUUUGAUGUGGUUGUCUUCUAAUUGUAAUAUGGCAUGUGCAUACUGGAACAGUGGAGACAUUGUGUUGUUACAUACAUUGUUUUUUUUAAUUAAAUUAAAAAUUAAAAGGCCAAAAAAAUAAUUCUUGGGUUGGUCUGCAAAAACUCAGAUCUCGCCUAUGUUGCAACACAUGCUGAAUUUAUUUGUUUACAUCACCAAAGGAACCCUUAUGGAAAAUACACACAUAUAUGGCUGAACAGCCUCAUGUUCUAAAUCUUAUACUGUAAGUCUUCUCUUAAAACAACUAACCAUACAAAGAAACUACCAUAUUGAUAAAAUAUUUGUUGUAUUAUCAAGGAUUUGAAUCAUUUUCACAUGAUGAGGCUGAAAUGUUUGUCUUUUCCUGGUCUUAUAGGCUGUAAACAAUGAUAAACCUUCACAUAGACAGUCCAAGCUAAGUGAAAUGAAUGAAUGCCUCUUUCUGCUCACUCUUUCUAUACACAUCACUGAUGAUGUAUGUAAAUAUGUGUGAAACCAUCAACCCCUAUAUUGUAUAUUAAAUCACUAAGUUACAGACAUUUAAACUACAAACAGUGAAAAGAAAGAAAAAGAAAGCAAACAAACAUGCUGUAUGGUACUGCAUCCGCAAUUCAAAACAUACAUAAACUUAUCAGUAAGCCUUUAACAGCUUCAAUCUCAGUACACACUCAUGCUGUGCAGCCAAACAUUGUUCAAAUACACAGAACUUUAGUGCAAAUGGAAAGUUACCAAAGAUACUAAAGGUGUGAGGGCGAAUUUGGGGGAAAUGUAUAUAAAAGAAGACAGUAAAAGGAAACUGAAUGUUAAGCGGUAAAUGUAAACAUGUAAUAUAAUUUACAUUAAUUUGUCAUGUCAAACAGACUGGGAUGUCCAGCACAGAUUUUCAGGCAAAGCUCAUGAAGGGACACAGGUGACACUUUCUCUAGGACUGAAUAAACUCGCCCAGUUUCCACAACCAACGGCAGUAUGCAACAAUACAAACUGAUCUUGGUCACAAUUUACAUAUUACUCUGGAUAGUUAAAACAUGGUAUAUUCAUUGUUUUGCUUGCUUGGUACUCCUUUUGACCAUGUAUAUUAACUAAACGAAAGAUUUGUGUUUAAAACAAAGAAACUUAUAGAAUUGUGUCUAAUCUUAUCAGAACUUCCAGAUAACAAAAAAAAACACAUGUAUUUGCAGAAAGAUAAGAUUUUUAUUAGUGUUAUUCUCAGUUGUGAGUUUAUUAUAUAUACCUAGCUAAAAAGAAAUACAU